AAGUUUGUUUACCGCUGUUUUCUCGCGACAUUGGCAGGUUCUUGCCCAAUAACAGUCGCAAAGUGGGAUUAUACAGUAUUUCAGUAAUAGAAAAGAAAAAUUAACCGAAGUCUCCAUAAAGAUGCACAACAUUUCGAACAAGUGUCGAGUAGAUGCAUUCAACAAGUCAAAAAUCAGUCACCUGGUCACGGAUCGUAUACUCGCAAGGGUUGAAAAGCGUAUUGAUCCUGUUCCUAUUAUCACAUUCACGCAAGUUGAGAAAUUCUGCUGCAGUUUUCACCCUCGCUGAAGAGAUAUUCUCACUUGUGUCAAUGUACCACAAGCCAAUCCAUUUAUGAACCUGUAAAUGAAGCAUAAUGAAGCCCAGGCGAACAGCUAGUGAUUAGCCUGUUCGGUACACGACAUUGAACACGAACUCGUCAAGUUUUUAUUUUGCUGGACGACAGUACAUGGUAAAGUUUGAUUCGAGAACGGAAACAAUACCCUUAAAGAUGAACUUGGAAUCGUGGAAACUGGAAAGGCGGAGCUCGGUAGGCAGGUGGUUCCACCUUGCGAAACGUAUUGCAGCUACGAUAAAUAAUUAAGAUAGUCAAAUGAACAAUGACAAUGGCUAAGAGUCCUCGUGAAAAUGGAAUCUUUUGGAAUGUAUUUGCGUUAACAAGCGACUGUAGUUCGACUACAAAAGGGAGAUAGCAACAAUGAGAUAUGAGAAUUCCACCUUUACUCUGCCCGGGUAGGCCAUGACUAUCCCUAUCCGUGCGUUAUUCGCGCUAGUUAUAGCGUUUUCCGCGGUGGUUGUUAUAUUCUACGGAACAAGCUACACAGGAGAUCGAUACCACUGCCAAAAAGAAAGGAGCAUUAGCCUAAAAGCAGAAGAAGAAAGCGAAAGAAUCACCUUAACAAACCAACAAAGCGACACACACAAAGUAUCACCCAGAAAACUACCUUCUAGAGCGCACAGAAAAGAUUCCAAGAAAUCUGUCAAGUCCAAGAAAAGUACUCACGUGUCGUCCACGAAAAGCUGCCAGAGAGUCGACCACGUGCUUUUCCUAAAAACCCACAAGACUGGAGGGAGUACGGUCACAAAUAUCUUGAACCGAUAUGCAGACAAAUGGAACCUUACGGUCGUGUUGCCAUCUCAGAAACACCUUUUUACAUUUCUUUGGCCAACAAGGUUUCGCCUGACAUAUACGGCUCCACUUUAUAAAAUAGACGCGAACAUUUUAUGUAACCACGCUAGGUAUAACAGCAAGCCUAUGCAUUGGUUGUUUCCCAAGCCGAAAACGAAGUACAUAUCAAUUCUCCGAGACCCUGUGUUACAAUACGAGUCCGUGUUUAACUUUAUGCAUUUUGCAAACCCCUUAGGGUUUAACCAAGAGAUUGACCCCUUAGGCACGUUUCUUAAAUACCCGCCGUCUUUUAAAGACAGUAGACCUUUUAUGAAGAAAACCUUAGCGUUGCAUUUAUUGCGGAAUCCGAUGAUGUUUGAUUUAGGGCUUGAUUUUAGAUACUUUCAGAACGCUACCGCCGUAGAUCAUUAUCUAAAGUUCCUGAAUGAAGAGUUCGACCUUGUUAUGAUAAUGGAGCACUUCGAUGAGUCCCUAGUUCUUCUAAAGAGACUUAUGUGCUGGACAUACGAGGAUAUUUUGUACUUCAAACUCAACGAGCGCCAAGAUAAGCACAAGAGGAAAUCACUUGAUGAAGAGGUUAGACAAGACAUCUUAAGCUGGAAUCGCGCCGACUCACUUCUUUACGAUCACUUCAACAAGACCUUAUGGGCCAAGAUCAAGGAGCAAGGGGCACCAUUCCAGAGGGAGCUUAAAAUCUUCCGGCGCAUCAACAAAAGAAUUUCAAAUCAGUGUUUACAAAAGGGGGAUUAUCUGGACGAAGCGUACACAGGAGUGUACGUAAAGGGGUACUCCCUUAAGCAGGACCUCCCUGGAGCUCUACUUAAGCGAUGCGAGAGCAUGAAAAGGAACGAGAUUUCCUAUGUUAAGUACUUCAGGAGGAAUAUGAUGCAAAAGUUCAUGGAUAUCGAGGAGCCGGAGGAGUAUCUGGAUGACCCAGCCAACGACUGGGACACGGCCACGGAUUACGAACACGUGCCCGAGUUGUCGGGAUUCGGGUCGGCCGAGUAUAGUGCUUCAGGAAGGACGUACGCACACAAAGAGAUGAGGUGAUAUCACGCGGUAUAACGGUACAGAAGGGGCUGGGUCUUAAAAUAUUUGCGGGAUAACGCUGAAUAGCUUGGCUGUUGGUACACAGAAAAAAAGGCGCCACCUGGAGGAAUAAGGGUGGAAUUGAGCAGGGUUGAAUAAGAGGGUUGAACAAGAUAUGCAAGAUGUUGCUGGCGCAAGGUUACAGCAAUAGGUGCGGGGUCCAACAAAAUAUACAGUGCCAGUGUGGCUUGGUCUUGGAUACACAACAGAUGAGACGACUCCAAAAUGUGUUAAGGACAAUAGCUGCUGUAUGUAACAAAUUGUGUUAUUGUCCUUAACCUGUCAUGCCAGCUUGGUAUGGUGCUAAGGGAGUACGUUUGCCUAAAAAGAUAUCAAAUGACCGCAAAACGACAUAUGAAAAAAAUGCUUAAAGCCAGUCGAUCGAUUUGCGUGACGCGUGGUUUUGUAGGCUAUGAAAACCCCAUGCAUGUGAAUUAAACCCGCUUGAAUCAUGCUGAAAUUCAAUCCAUCCUACAAUAAAAUCAACUCGAUUAUAAUUCUACGAUAUCAAACAAUGCUGGGUAAGUUAUAUUUUUCAAAAUGGUGGGAGUUCUAAACAUUCGAAACAAAAACAUAACAGUAUCACGCAAGAUUUACGGACUUUAAAGAAAUAUGCAGUGUCUGCGCAGCUACUCUUUUCGCGCACAGACUGGCGGACCAUAGUUAAUAAAAGAUGAUGCGGACAAAGGGGAAUUCUGCAAAAGAAUCACUCUGGCAGCUUUUUCUAUAGCUUCGUCUGUAGACUUGACUUUGUACGCCAUUUUAGAUCAGCUGUAUCCCGCCAGUCUGUGGCAUUUUGGAUGCGCGCGCAACAUCGUGUAAACGGUCUAUAGCUGGCAGAUUUGACAUAUGUGGGUUGUACUUGAGCUGUCGUGGGUUACUGGAGUAUAGUCUUCAAGAAGCCACCUGUUACCCUAAAGAAGAUGUAUCAGAAAAAAGCGUACUGGAACAAGAAUAGUCUAGGUGUCCAGAUAAACAAAUGCGAUGCCACUCGUAACCCUGAAAAGAUUAUCAGGAACGAGUGUAGUGGUUCAACGGGGUCGUGGAAUCAAAAGAAAAUGAAAUGACACAAAUUAUUAGAUGAUUGAAGGAUGUCGGUUUAUCAGAUUUGAUCUUAGGAUGUGAAAUAGUAAUGUGUAUCCAUAGAAUACUUCGUAUCGGGGCAGGAUUAGUGAUAUGGCAGCCUGGAAUCAGAGAAAAAACUAUGCAUGGUAAACUAAGUAGAGAUUUAUUUAUAUAAAAAAUAUACACUAGAAUGCUUAAUAUUUUACAAAUAUCUACUUUGUACAUAACCACAAAUUUGAAGUACCGAUUUACAGUCUCACUUUGCUAUUUGCGUGACACAUCAGAUAAAGUGACUUAAUCGCUUGCGUGACGCAUUGUUUUAUGAUCAAUUUACGUCACGCAUCCGAUUAAGUCACUCGCUUGUGUAACAUACUGUUUUAUUAUCAACUGCGUGACGCAUCCAAUUGGGUCACUUAUUCGCUUGCGUGACGCAUUGUUUUGCGUGACGUUUAUGAAAUCGCAUAGCGUAUAUUUACAUUCGUUAUAUAUUUACUUGCGUGACGUAACCAAACGCACAAGAUUGCUGUGUUUUUGUGUCACUCUAUAGCACCGCUUUCUACAUCUCUAUACCAUUCACAAACGACAUGACGGAAAAUCCUGGAAAACGCGCAAUUCCAGAUAAAGAGAGAAGACACAUUUACUUACAAUGGCUAUAGGUUCCUUGUAUUACGGACUGAUUUUCAAAACACAAAUAACGUGAGGCCGAAGUGCACAUAACCAGAUUUUGGCUUUUUAAGAUAAUUUUUCCUUGCUCAUCAUUGCAUUGUGUAUCAGUUCAGGGACGAAAAGCUCAAAUUUCAAUGACAAUUUAUAAAAAGUCGCAUCAAUUUAAAAAAAGUCGCACUUGAUAUUUUGUUUGCUAUAAGUUACUAAGUACCCAGAGAAUUCUCCGCCUUAUUCGAUGUGAAAUGGGCUUAUUUGAAGCGUCACGUCAUGUUUUUCCGUCAUGUCUCCACAAACACAUUCUGCAUUCGUAUGCAUAGAGCAUCCAAGUGCUACACGUGAGUGCAUUCUCGAUAUUAUACCAACAUACCCAAA